AUGGCCGAUCAGCCCGACAGUUCAAUGCAAAUGGUUAGUAGAUCGGGCGAGGAAACAGAGGACAAUAACUCACCCCGUCGCACCUCAGUGGACACCGGAAGGGAGGAAACGGACACGACCACGAUCGACGUGAGCAGCAUCGCCGGAUUGAUCACGAUUUUAACGGUCAAUCUACACCAGCUCGAAUCGCUGGUGCAAGUGGGACCCGAGUUGGGUCCAAAGUUUUGGUUCAACAUAGUCUUCAUCAUCAUUUCCAUCUUCUGCGUGUUCCCACUGAUAGUCAUACGAAAAAUUCAGAGUGAAACGAAGCAACCCCCUUCUUCGUUACACCGAGGACUUUCUUUGGGGCUAACAAUUGUCCUUUUUACCGUCAACCUGACGCUACAAAUUUUUAACGACAUAAGCGCCCAGUGUACGGUGCUGUUCAACCAGCAGUUACCGCCCGUUCCGCACCAACAUUUGGUAAACAGUUCUGCUUAG